AUGUCGGCAGGAAUUGAAUAUAGAUACUUCAAAAAGAAACAGGCUACCGUUGUUUUGGCCCCCUUUAGUGGUGGACAAGGCAAAUCUGGCGUUGAAGAUGGUCCUAAGUACCUCAUGCGCCAAGGCCUAAAAGAAGGUAUUGAGACUGAGGGCUGGGAGGUAGAAAUCUCUGAGCCCCUCGAGGGAUGCGACUACGAGAAGCGCAAAUUAUCCGAGGCUGAAGUAAUUGGCAAAGCGCGCAAUCCUACAAUUGUAGGAGAAGCCACCGAAAAAAUCUAUAAGGCUGUACAUGAGGCAGCCGCCAAGGAAACUAUGGUCGUGACUUUGGGUGGAGACCACUCAAUAGCCAUUGGUACAGUGUCAGGCGUGAUGGAACAGUACCCCGACGUGGGUGUUAUCUGGGUAGACGCCCACGCCGACAUUAACACCGUGGACUGUACUGAAUCCGGAAAUCUACAUGGCUGUCCUGUGUCCUUUCUUCUAAAUAUGAAACGUGAUUGCUGGCCUAGUCCCUUUAAUUGGGUCCCUGGCAAACUACGUCCCGAAAAAAUUGCUUAUAUCGGUCUACGUGACGUAGACACCGAGGAAAAAGCCAUUCUACGCAAUCUAGGAAUAACUGCCUUUUCCAUGUACCAUGUAGACAGGUACGGAAUUAAUAAAGUUAUAGAGAUGGCACUAGAGGCCGUCAACCCUGGCGGAAAGGGCCCUGUAAUGGUCAGUUAUGAUGUUGAUGCCAUCGAUCCGAUGUACGUCCCUGCCACUGGAACUCCAGUCAGGGGAGGAUUGACUCUACGUGAAGGUCUAUUCAUAGUUGAGCGUAUUGCCGAAACAGGAAAUUUGGUUGCGCUCGACAUUGUGGAGUGUAACCCGGAUCUAGCGGCUCACGAACUACAUGUAGUAGACACAGUUCAAACGGGGUGCUCAAUUGCUCGCUGUGCACUAGGCGAAACAUUGCUAUAA